UUUGGAACCGGGUGUGGACUACUUGAAAAACGUUGCCUUUCUACGCGUUUUGUUGACUUAUUCCUGCAGGAUCGGGGUUGAAACACAGAGCACGGCCAUGGACGAAUGACACGCCGACUGUAUGGUGAAUGUGUAAUGAGCUGAGCAUCCCCUCUACUAGACUCCACAUCAAUAGCUGUGAAUUCUACGCUAAAUUCACCAUGAAUCAUGCAUUUCCACAGUCAUUAACGGGGAAAAAUUCACAUCGCAGUUGAGAGAAAAUGUAAUAUAGUUAGUCACACAGUGUACGACCCGACACAAGAGAUGUUAUAAGCAAUUGUCACCAUCGCCAACUAUUCGUUUGAGAUGAAGGGAUCGUCAUCUACGUGUUGAGUUGUCGCAUUGUUUCAAAACAAACUGUCAGAACUCUACCUUUGCCGGAGAAAUAUAAAUUUGAAGAUUGGUCAACGAGCAAGCUGUGUUCAGCGCCCAGCCUACAUGCAUCUUAAAAUGAUCCACUCCCGUACCUAUACGAUCACUUUGCACACGCACAGUGCCUUCAGCGUCAUGAAUGAACUACGGCAAAAACAAGACCUGUGCGAUAUCGUCUUGUGCCUGGAGGAUCAGAUUUUCCACGCGCAUAAGGUCGUUCUGGCGGGGUGUUCACCGUAUCUACGAGCGAUGUUCACCAACGGGAUGAAAGAAACGGCCAAGAAUCACAUUGAGAUUCACGGAGUGGAUCCGGUUGCCAUGGAAAUCAUCUUAACAUUUAUGUACACAGGACUCAUUGAAAUUAAUGUAGAGAACGUACAGAUCGUGUUAGCAGGUGCCAGCAUGCUAACUAUGGGCAGUCUUCGUAACGUGUGCUGCACGUUCUUACAGUCUCAGCUUGAUGCCAGUAAUUGCCUUGGUAUCCACUCAUUUGCUGACAUGUACUCCUGCUCCGAUCUGGAAAACACGUCUCGACGUUUCAUCUAUCAACAUUUCCGCGAGGUGAUCCGUACCGAAGAGUUCUUUCUCCUGGCGGAGCAGGAUGUCGUCAGUCUCCUGAAGAGUGAUCAGCUUCAGGUGGAUGGGGAAGAGGAGGUUUACGAAGCAGCGAUCUCGUGGCUGAGCUACGACCUUCAGAAUCGCAGCCGCUGCUGCUGCAAUGUCUUACAGAACAUCCGCUUUGCCUUGCUGGACAAGGAGUACCUCUUGAAGAGAGUCCACCAAUCAGAACUCAUCAAUCAAUGUUCAAAGUGUCGCGAUAGGUUAGCCAACGCACUGCGAAUACGUAACGAUAAUCAGGCGUUAGCUCUGAUAGGUAGUAGAUCACAACCGCAGAGUAUUUACGUCGUUGGAGGAAGGAAUAGCGUGGAUUGUCAGUUGAGUAGCUGUGAGAGAUACGACGCAUCCAGGGAUAGAUGGGUCCCGCAGGAAAGCAUGUCUAUAUCUCGUACGGCAGUUGGAGCAGCGACAGUUAACGGCAUGCUGUACGCCGUGGGUGGUGAAUGUGCCUUUAGUGGGAGCCGUGACGACCAAACAAUGUACCUCGGUCAAGUCGAAUGCUACGAUCCACUUCGAAAACGCUGGAGCCCUCGAACAAAUCUAAACGUACCUAGAUCAUUUAUGGCCUUAGCAAGUCUGCAUGGACUUUUGUAUGCCUUAGGAGGAGAGAAUGCUACAAGUAGUUAUAACAUCGUCGAGCGUUACAGCCUUAACAAUGACAAGUGGCAGUUUAUGCCCAGUAUGAAGCAGAAAAGAUCUGGUUGUGGUGUAGCAGUGUGUGACGGCAAAGUCUAUGUUGCAGGUGGAUAUGAUAAAAGUUACCACACAGACCGAGCAAGCGUUGAAUGCUUCGACCCCGAGACUGAGGAGUGGACGUUUGUAGCUGAGAUGGAGAAGGCUCGAUCCGGUCUAGCACUGGUUGCUAUGGACCAUUACAUCUAUGCCUUUGGGGGCAGACUGCGCCAUACGGACCAGUAUUUUAAUAUAGCAGAGAGGUACAAUAUACAAACACAUCAGUGGUCUUCCAUACGCUCCCUUCAAACAGCCCGAGCCUGGCCAGCGGUAGCAAUCUUCGACAACAAGAUCUACGUCAUGGGUGGGUUCGACGGAACAAAUCGUCUCCGAGGUGUUGAAAUCUACGAUCCCUACACGGAUACGUGGACUGUGGCGAGUAACAUGAAUGUUGCAAGGGCGGGAUGUGGUUCAGCUGUGGUCUAGAGAUUUAAAGUGUGUGUAUAAAGUGAAUUCAUACAUGUACAAAACUCUAUCAAGGAUGCACUUAGAUUAUCAAAUAAACCUUACGGCCAUAUUGGCUCAAAACUAUAUUAUGUGUGGAACCCCGGGCCAAGGGAAGGGUGCUGGAGGGUUCAAAUAAAAAGGAUGAUGCAACCAGAUCUGGUUGUUCACUUUCAUUUGUUUUGACCCAAUUCACCUGACAUCAUCAUCAGAAUAAUCUUGAAUGCGCCAUUUUGGUGAUCAAUGUCACUGUGCAUUAAUAAGUGAAGUGCGCAUUUUAGGAGACGCUGCGUUUACACGUACAAAACUAUUGACCAACAAAAUGGUUAGCGUGGCACAGUCGCUGCGUGUGAGGGGUCAAUACUUUCUCGCCAACAGUCAUCCACAAUGUGACUGGCUGGGUGGGAAAGCAUCUGACUGUACUACUAGGGGUCUGAGUUUGGCUAUUGAAAAUGGGGAUGAAGGUAGGAUGCUGCUGUUCAAGAGUGAGAGUGAAAAAGAAAACAAAGUUACUUUUAAAAAGCAAAAUUUACUGUUUUGGUCGUGACUUUUGGCACAGCACUCUGUGGAUUACGUGGUUGUAGAUUUAGCAUUGUAGUUAUAUGCAUUUCAAACUCGGCAGUAAAUUCAAUUAGUAAAAUAUACGGGAGGUCAUAACACGAACACCGUCAGAUAUUUAUACCAGAAACUUAACUAAUAAAAAGGAUCAAAGUUAUACAUCAAGAGAAUUUUGAAAGUUCAUCAGUUACUAUUUAGACUCAAUUUGAAACAUCAUUUGAACACUAGCGAAAGUACUGUGCCCAUCAUCUGUGUCAAGUUUCCUGUAUACAGCAGCAAACAAGAAUGCUGAUUCUCAUUGUACUAAAAAAGGGCCAGACUAUAUCUGCUUCUAGCCUCAGUCUGGUUCAUAGAGUUAUAUAUAAGAACUACAAGUGGUGAUAAACAAAAUGGCUGCCUCCAGUUUCAUAAAGCUGCUUCAGGUAAAUGUCGCUGAACACAUUUAUCAUGAGCAAAAGGAAUCAGGAUACCAGUCACAGAGAGUUCAUGUGACAUAUCAUUUUCACUGGUAAUCGUAUUUUGGUAAGCAUAAUUAUAUUGUGCUUAGCCACUUUCUGUGCAUUACGCCGAGUAGCAUUCUUCAAAUGCAUUUCUGAACAAUUUUUUGUAGGUGCUUCAUAUACAAGCAGUGUGUACUGAAAAUUUGCCAAAUUAAAAAAAAACGUAAACAUUUGUCUAAAAUGUCAUUUCAGAUUUAAAUAAUUGCUAGCUUAGAUUUAAGCAGGGGAGAAAAAAGGACUAGUUAGAAUUUAUGCUAAGAAGUAUUCGUACAAGCCUCGUGUUUCCAGCAUUCAAAACAUCAAUUAGUGUUAGUGUAACAAAAUUUUGUAUUGUGUUCAACGGACAAAGUUGAGCAUUAGUUUUGGCAUUGGGUUUCUAGCUGUGAAUUUUGGAUCUCAAGAAAUAAAUCUACCACCUUGUGUUGACAGAAGUGUUCAGAGCAGUGCUCACAACAGGUUAUUUUUUAUGUUGAUUGGAACUUAAUAAAUAUUGGAAGUGAAAUAAUGUUAGUCGCAAAAUAUUUUAAAAAGUAACACUGAAUAGUGCACAAGUGCCCAGAAUAACCAUACAUUAUGGUUUGAAAUAAUUAUGUAGACCUUAAGAAUUUAAAAACUAAGACAUUUAAGAAUAUGAUCACCUCUAUAUGAAGUGCCUUUGGUGUUGGCCUUUUUAGGAACACUGUAGUAUGUACUCUCACACUAAUUCUUUACCCACCUUUUAAGGUAUGCCAAUUUUAGGCAUGAAACCUUCUUCAGUAUUACAGACAGUAUUAUCCUGCCUCACCAAAGUUUAGCACUGUACCAUUAAGCUUUGUUAUACCUCGGUAACAAACUGUGAAGUUUGAUUGGUCGAGAACCAAUCACGUGACGUGCAACAAAAAUGCUUGUUAUAUGUCUUGGGGGUCGGGUAACAUGAAAAGUGGUGUACACCGGUGUACAUCACCUUGAUCGUUCCCCAGCGUUGGUCGAUUUCCAGCACUGUGUAAAAACACCCGCUGGUUCGAGGGAACAGUGAGUAAUUGUUUCUUGUUCGUCUGCUUAUAAAACAAUGAAUACUCCGUCGCAAUAAUGUUUGAAGAUGACAACAGAACUUUAAGUAAAGGAAUAACAAUUGUAACAAAGCAAAGGUAUAACAAAACAAUUGUUGCACGCUGUUACUGGGGUCCAUGGGUUUUGUACACCCUCGGUGGCAAGUGGAACCCUUGGCUCCGCCUCGCGUGCCAUUUCCCCCCUCGGGUGUACAAAACAUCAAGGACCCCAUCACAGCGUGCAACAAUUGUAUAUUGUCACAUUUUGGGAUGUUGAGGUGUUGUUAGGUGAAAGCUGACAAAUUUAAGCAACAAACUGAGUCACAUAGACCUUUAUCACGGUGAAGCCAUCUUGAAUUUCUCCCAUUGAUAUCAAUGUUACCAAACAGAGGCUGGAAGA